AUGGUUGACCUCGUGAGGUUCAUUCUCCGCUUAGCCUAUUGGUAUGGUCUUGCGGUGGGAGUGCUCAACUUUGAGGUGGACUGGUCGACGGGGAGGGCUUCGGCCUCUCGACGAGUCACCAUAUAUGCGAUGGCUCACAAUUCGCUCCUAAUCACUCUGAUGUGUUUGCGCAGUCUCAGCAAUAGGUCUAUAUUGGAAGGCCUAACCAAUGCUCGGCAUCUGCAUGAGUACUUCUUUUCGCUAAUGACGCUGGUCAGGAAUGUGGCAGUGAUGAUCUCCCUGACCACCAGGUGGUUCCAGCGCUGCAGGAUCCUUCGACUGUGGAAUAGAAUCAUACAAAUGGUCGCCGAAAGACCCCAGGUGGUUCAAGAGUACCGACGCGGAUUAAUUUUUAAAUUUGUGUUCGUUGUUCUGUCGGACUCUUUUCACACCGUUUUGGAUCUAAGUGCUCAACGAAAAAAUUAUACCUUUGACCUUCUUACUAGCAUAGCUAUAUGGACCACAUUCACCACCAUAUUCAACAUGAUUGUGGUUCAGUAUUUCCUGGCCGUGCUGCAAGUUCUUGGACUCUAUAAAGUUCUGAAACAAGAUCUGAGUGUCUUGAUUCGCGAAGCUGAAACCAUUUGCUCUAUUCGCAAUCGACGAGGAGGAGUUUACUCCAUCAAAUGCUGCUCCCUGGCAGAUCGGCUGGAUCAUUUGGCCGAAAGACACUCUACUCUGCAGGAUGCAGUGGCCGAAAUGUCGGAGAUUUUUCAGAUACAGAGCUUUAGCAUGAGCUUGGUCUACUAUCUAUCCACCAUGGGCUCCAUAUACUUCACUUUCUGUUCGAUUUUGUACAACACCACGGGGUUCGGUUCUUCGUAUUGGGGACUUGUUCUGAUUUUUUUAUCCACGGCAUUCUUCUACGCGGAUAAUUGGAUAUCUAUAAAUAUUGGAUUUCAUAUUCGCGAUCAGCAGGAGGAGCUAAUCCGACUGUUGGCGGAUCGCACUUUAUUCAGCCAGGAAUUGGACGGACGAUUGGAAACCGCUUUCGAGAACUUCCAGCUGCAAUUGGUGCGGGACCCCUAUGAAUUCUAUGUCCUGGGACUUUUUAAAGUAGAACGAGGUCAAUUGAUGGCCAUGUUCAACUCCGUUAUUACCCAUUCUAUUAUUCUAGUCCAAUGGGAACUGCAACACAAUCUUCCUUAA